AUGGCACAACAUAACUGUACUGAGGCCAAAGAGAAUUAUGGUGGUAAGUUUAGCUGUCCAUUACUUAUCGCAGCCUAUGUAUUUGCUGGUUUGGCUAUGAUGCUUAAUAUUAGACUAUCAUACAGCUCAGCUCCAUAUGCACUCAUUAGAUUCAGGUUGCCAGAAAACCUAUUCAGUGUAUUUGUUAGAAGAAUGGCAAGUGCUUUGGAGCUUUGGUGUCUACCAAGUAUGCUCCUAGGAAAUAUAAUGGACCUAGGGGUUAAAGGAGCUAUCGGCAGCGCCAACGAAGACAACAAGAAGUGGUGGAAAUUCUAUUGUAUCAUUUGGUCUUCCAUUAUUUGUCAGUGGUUAAAUUUCAUCACCUAUGUUAUUUUAUUGAUUGUAUACGUUAUAGGUGGUGACCAAGGUCGUCUAACAACCUUUUAUUGGACUAUUGCAAUAUCUGGUGUUGUUUUUGGUAUUAAUAUGACCCUGGUUUAUUCUGUUGACUUCUAUUAUAUACCUGUCUAUAUUGCUGGUGAAAAUUCAUUUCCAAUUGUGACCUCAUUCAUGCACUAUCUUAGUACUCUCAUGUUUGGUAAUAGGAGGAAGUGGAAUAGUGACUACCUAAUUGUCAUGAUUGAUAUUGGGGUAGCAAUCAUAAUAUCAUUUGCAGCAGCUGUGAUCUGGACAGUAGGGUACCUGUGUGAAGUUGAUGAUUCUACUGAAGUCAAGGAUAUGAAACACAUACAUGCAAAUGGAUUCGAUGGAAAAUUUUCUGAACAUCUGAUAUCACCAUUUUUGAUGGUAAUCGUAGGCAUGGGUCUAGUUUAUGCUAUAUAUCCUGGAAUAGCACCUGGUAUGAUUGUUCCAUUCUAUUUAAUUGAUAAGAUUGAAAUGGUACUUCUCAUAGCUACAUUCUUUCCGCCAGUAAUAAUAGCUAUCUUGAGGAAACACGCAUCAGAUUACUCGCCUACACACUUCGACAGAGGUAAAGCUCAGCCAUGGUCAACAUACACUGCUGGUGUGUUCUAUCUUAGUCUUAAUAUCCUUAUGGUUAUUAAGAUCUUACUUGCUGCCAUCUUUAUAUGUUCCCUUCACUAUAGAGACUCCAGCAUAUCCAGGUCAAUCGUUAAUCAACCUAAAAUGUCAACCGCACUAUCUAUUACAUUUUAUAUGUGUCAUGAAAUUCUACUGGCUGUAGGGUUUUCAGGUGUAAUAGGCAAUGAUGGAGGUGACUUCAUAUUGAUACCACAAUACAUUGGUGCCCUAUUCAUGAUAUUCCUAGCAUUCUACUCAGAAGGUUACAUUAAUGAGUAUAAAAAUCAUGAUCCUGAACAUUGGUCCAUUGACUGA